GCGCCCCCCCGCAAGAGACUAAGCCGAAAAAAUAUAUAUGUAAAGAGGGUUAUGCUUUUCAUAUGAGCGGAAAGGCGUCACUUUCAGAGCAGAACACAGUGGGGCGAGUCUUAGAGAAGGGAGCGGGGCUGGUCCGCAGAUAACAGGCAAGAGGAGAAUGAGGGGAGGGGGCGGCUCACUGUAAAAACGUCAAAGUCCUAUCAAGGGCUGAGAGUAAUUUUGCUUUUUCUCUUACCACCGAGAUUACUACGUAUAUUCAACGCCUUUGCCGUCGUUAAAUCGACUGUCCAGACGUCAUACGAGAAGAGCGCACUAGCGAUUUAGUUCCUUUUUUAAAACCGCUCCUUUCUCGGCUGUUAUUAUGCAGUAAACAAGAAAUUCAUAUUUUAUCGCCAGUUUUAAAGGGACAGAGCGGUGGACGGACACCGGGAGGCUGACUGAUCUGCUUUCUGGUCUCUUUUUGUUUUAAUCUGGAGGAAUCGCGCAGCGGCUCUCACAUGCACAGCCCCGGCGCGCAGCCCCAGCUAUGCGGCAGCGGCGUUAGAGCGACGCCGCUCGACCGGGAAUUAAACCGACGCUGGUAACCCGGCGUGAAAGGCGAAAAAAUUACCAAAUAAAUAAUUAAAAUUGAGUAGAUCGCCGGAUUUUUUUGUCUCCACGGCGACGGUGAGACCUGCUCCUUAUCCGCAAUGAAGCUCUAAUAGCCUGCAUCACCGUAGGCGAUGGGAUAAAAAUGCGACGGCACAGGGUGUUCUUGCUUUGCACUGUGGGCCUGUGUGUGAUCUCCUUCUUGCAUUACUACAAGGCCCUACACUACGUCUCCUUGUUGCGAGAACUCUCUGCCCCUUAUCCCAACAUCAAGUCCUUCAUCAUGGUCACCGGUUUCUUCUGGAAGGAGAGAGAUAUGCCUUUGUCAAGCACUUUCUCAGAUGAUGGCCCUGCCCCAGUCAUACGCCCCUCUGACCCCAGAGCUUGGGAUUCCAGGGCCGUGGAGCAGCAGCCCAACCCAGAGCUAAAUGUGGAUAAAGACUUGAGGGUCCCAUGGGGGAAAUUGGAUGUAGCAAAGCAGAAAGAGGGAGAUGCCUCUCAGGACCUUGAGGUCAAGGAAAGAGAGCUAAACCUUAAAGAGGAAGAGCAUAACAUUCCCCCUAAACCCUGGUAUCACGGUGAUCCUGAUGAAAAAAGAGUAGUGGUGGAGAAGAAGAUCCCUCCAACUCCUACCCUACCAGAUCCCAUAGAGUCCCUUGGGGACCUCCACUUGCGUCACUUCAAACUCGUUGAUGAUCAAAGCCCUUACUUUGUGCAUACUAAAGCCGGAGCUCUUUGCUUCCGACAAGGGACUGAGUUAGCCGUUCCAAAGGACAGUCUGGGAAUGGGAGUUGCUACAGCAGCAAAUCGUAGGAUACUGGAGCUUCAGGAGGCUGUAAACCCAAUCAAGGCCGGAACCAAGAAAGGCAAGAGGCUGGUAAAAUGUGUGUGCCGUCCGGGUUGGCAUGGUCCUUACUGUGGAGUCCCCACCAUGGUGUACCAUUCUACCCUGCCCACCAAGGAGCGGUUAAUGCCCAGGGAGGUGCCCCGUAGGGUCAUUAAUGCCAUAAAUGUCAACCAUGAGUUUGACCUUCUUCAUGUUCGCUUCCAUGAGCUAGCCCAGGCAGUGGACCUUUUCUUGGUGUGUGAGUCUAACUUCACGGCCUAUGGGGAGAGGCGCCCUUUGCGAUUUUUAAAUCUUCUCCUGAACGGGACAUACGACUUUGUGCGGCAUAAGAUCCUCUAUGUGUUUCUGGACCACUUUCCUGAAGGUGGACGGCAGGACGGCUGGAUCGCAGACGAUUACCUGCGCACCUUCCUGACACGCGACGGGAUAUCCCGCAUAGAUGGACUGCAGCCAGACGACGUCUUCAUCAUCAACGAUGCGGAUGAGAUUCCAGCCCAAGAGGGGAUCCUUUUCCUCAAACUUUUUGAUGGAUGGACAGAGCCCUUUGCAAUUCACAUGCGCAAGUCUCUAUAUGGCUUCUUCUGGAAGCAACUGGGCUCCCUGGAGGUGGUAUCAGGGUGCACUGUGGGAAUGCUGGCUACUGUCUAUGACAAUGAUGGCAUCAAGCUUAGGCGACGAGAGUAUUACACCAUGCCUGGGUUCCGGAAGUAUGAGAAUGACACAGGCCACAUCCUGGUCCAGUGGUCCAUCGGGAGUCCUUUCCAUUUUGCAGGUUGGCACUGCUCCUGGUGUUUCACCCCAGAGGGGAUACGUUUGAAGCUCAUCUCUGCCCAGAAUGGAGACUUCCCCCGCUGGGGGGACUAUGAGGACAAGCGGGACCUCAACUACAUUCGAGAUUUGAUCCGAACAGGGGGCUGGUUUGAUGGGUCGUUGAUGGAAUAUCCACCCACGGACCCAAAAGAGCACAUGUACGCCCCAAAGUACUUGUUGAACAAUUAUGACCGCUACCGUUAUUUGCUUGCGAACCAGUAUGUUAAAGAGGGCAAGGUAGCAGGAGGGUAAUGCAUAAACAUUUUUGGCUGAGGGGUAGAGCUGAAGUGUCGUUCAAAUUCGGGGAAAGCACCACUAUAGACUUAUUUCCCCCCCAUUUCUGGCUCAUCCUAACCCUUGCCAACCUUCCAUCUCCUUUCCCUGGUUGAGGGUGGAGGCCUGGUGUCGUGGUUCUGCUACAAUGGGCUGGGUGUUAAUAACAGUCAGUGAAAUAACGGGCAGAGUCUGCAGAGCUGACAAUAGAGACUCUGUACUCAAGGCACCUUAUACAAUCUUUCAAUGUUUCCUGCUCUGUCUGCUUCUCUGCCUCCCAUGUGUAAAUUGAGAAUGGAGUCCAUUAUGCUGUCAAAUGCUUUUUGUGAUAUUUUUCGGUCAUUCUACACAAGUUCUAAUUGACUUUUCUCUCAAUUUUCUCAAUACUGUCAAAAUAACAAAGCAGCCAGUGCGAGUACAGGAAGUGGACUCGGCAGAGUCGGGGAAGAAAAGGCCCUGUUUACUUGCUUGUAAUGUGAUCAUACAUUAAAUCCAAUGAUAAAUGCUGAUUUGUAACCUCGGACCUCGCAGACAUGAGCCUCAAUAUGAAAAAAUAAUCAUUCGUGUAGCAAGCUGCAGUAUGAGCCUUGAGACCAUGUUUUAGGUGGGUAGGUCCAGUGUGGUGUAAAUGGAAUAGAAGGGGUUUUCUGUAGGCCUUUGUCUCAGAAAACAUUCAGGGGGUAGAACAGCCUCCCUGAAUCCUGUGACUAUACUUUCCAUCAAGAUCUCUGUGCUUGCAGCAAGGGGAGUCGUACAGGGGGGCGAUAAGAUCGAUUCCGGGGGCCUCUGAGUGACAGGGGAUCUAAAAAAAUUUGGAAAAUAAUUGGGUUGGUCUGGGUUGUGGGACCCAAUAUGAUAUGCUUUCAUAGGACCCAAAAUUUAUAUCGAGAUCCCAGCCUGCAGCAGCGUUUUUCAGAUCGGCAGAGGGGGGUGGAAUCUGCCUUGUGAAGGAGUUCAGUCUAGGCUGCUUUUGUUCGACAGGAAUCCAGAAAAACACUCCAGCAUCCAGCAGAACUCAGCAGCAGCAGCUGAAAACCAUCCAAAAUGUUGGAGGGAAAAAAGAUGAAGGAAUGCAGGAUAAGAAUUUCUGUAUCUCUUCAGAACUCAGCUGGUUGCAUUGCACCUCCACAAAAGCUAGGAUGGCGUCUACCACUUGGACGUUGGUGGCAGAUUUCCUCCUUCCACUUGGCAGAUAACUCUGCCCACCCACACCCCUGCAUGACUGCAAGAUGUGAUUGUCCCCCCUGGAGGCCCUUCCCUGCUCAGUGCCAUCUACAUCAGGACAGGAAUAUAAAGUGCUACCUGUAUCACAUGUGCAUAUGAGAGCCUCUCUUGUACCUGGCUGCAGCUUAUAAAGAUGCUAAUACGUGUUCAGGCAGGACAGGCCCCCUGACUGCUGGGUGGUAAGCCAAACCUGAAUGCUUUGCUUGGCAGUCAAUUAGCCACGCCCCACUUUCCAAGUUCUGCUACUUCAUCGCUGCUGCUGUGUGACUUUGCACACAAGUCUUUCAUUCACUUGCACUUACCGAGUGUCAAAGUGAUUUGAGUUGAUUUGACUGCUAAAAGAUCUAGAUUUCUUAAUUUGAGGUACAGAGGGGGUGUCACUAAUGCAACACAAUGUGUGCGAGUCAUGUGACACUUUUCGCAUUAGUCAGCUUUGUUAUCUUCAGUCUUUUAUUGCGUACCAUCUUAUAUGUGGUCACUCAGCUCGUUCCCGCUUCCGCAGAAUAUUUCUGAGCACUUGACCGUAACCCGAGCCAACCCAUGACUCCUCAGACAGAUGAUUCAGUGAAGGCUGUUGAGUCUGAAAUAAGGCUUGACAAAGGUUUCUGCCAUUUUGCCUUCUCGCUCGUCUUGUUGUGCCGGAUCUUUCUUUGCACUGUUCUUUUUGAUGUUAUUUAUGUUGGCACUGAUUUAUUUUGUCUGCUCCUGGGUUAAGGGACCGCAGAUGUCUGCUGAAUAUAUGUAACGUUUGGACGAGGAGAGCAUACCGUUCAACCGCGGCGUGAAAUAUUUCAUUUUCAGUUCAUGUCUUUGUAUCACACUAUAUUUAUAAUCAUAUUUAGUUAAAAUGUCUCUCCAUAUAUGAGCGAUGAAACUCACAUUGAGGUUAAAGAACAGAAUUUGGUUGCUCACCCCUAUCUAGUAUAUAGUGAUUGGCUCUAUAGUGUGUUAGUCCAGUAGUAUCAGUAACACUGCGCUUUCUUUUUGGAUAAAACUGUAAAAACAAUGAACAGGCCUGGCAGCGUUAAUUGAUCACAGAGAGCCUCAGGACUCCAGUAAACACUCUCUGUUGUCAAUUAACACCGUCAGAAUGUGUCCUUAAGAAGAUUCCACGGAAAAUUUAUGUGCUCCCUCAGAACAACAAAAAGCAAAGUUUUGCAGAACAUAUAUGGAUAUUGAAAAAAACAAACAAACAAAAUUCAUUCAAGAGCCUUUAUUGAUCGACGUUCCAUUUGAACAGAAAGCAAAGCCUGGACACUGAGAGAGCUAUCCCAGCAUGACUCCAGCCCCUGCGUUUCGCGGGUUUUGAAGUUAGCAGGAAUCUCUGGGAAGCUUUGGGCACAGCUGUUGCUGUUUGUCUCAUUAAUGCGACCCCUAAAACGUUGAAAUAUAAAGGCCGUCCAAGCCGCUUCAGCGCAUGUCACCUCAGUGUUAGCGAGCAACUACAGAUGAUCAUAUGAGUUUUACACGAGUGUCAACAUCCAUGCAGUGACACGAUGCACUGACUUUGAUGCGGGUUUAUUUUUAAGGGCAUAGGUUGUCGGCGCGUCUCGGAAACACUAGUAGGGUGACGGAAGUGUUUUUCUGGGGCAUACGCAGUGCCGCAGCAGGUCAUAAGGACACAGUGGGUGACAGAUGGGUGAGCUCCAGGCCUGUGACCAUGUGAUGGCACCUGACACACUGCUGAAUCCUCCCGGUGCUUUUCCAGUCUUCUUUUCCAGUCCAGCCCAGUUUGGCCGAGUCCGAGAGGCAGGCUCACGAUAGGGACAUCCAACCGAGAACAGAGAAAUGCGUGACGGAGCAGCAGCCUGUUUGUGUUUCAUGAGGCUAGAUGAAAAUGUCCAAGUGACCUUAGCUAUUCACUGUAUGUCGCUAAAGAAGUAAUGCUACCUGCAAUCACAUACGUACACAUGAACAGCUAUAAAUGGACUUGCCUUAAUGUGAAACGGAAUUUGUAAUUGUUUACAGUGGUCGUGUUACUGAUUUUUAAAUUUUCUCUUUUUUGUUUGUCUUAUUUCUUCAGGCAGCUUCUUAUUAAUAUUUUUUUUUAAUCACAUUAAAAUGGACAUUUGCUGCACCCCCUCCCCAAAAAAAAAAACAAAAAACAGCGUCUCCUCUCCUCUGGGAGGAAGUGAUGUCACGGUGAGGGGGCGAGCUUCACUGCUGUCCUCUAUCCUGCCGAUCUAUUUCGGUCGCAUGUGGGAGUGCUUUAACACGCAAGGGAAGUGAGAAAAAAAAACAGCCCUUUAAAUAUUGCUUAAACUCUUGACAGUAUUUUGUCACGCUAGGGAUGUUUGUCCAUGGAGUUUAUACCACAGUAAAACACGGCAUAUUUUCCUCUCCCCCAUUCGUAACUGUCGGAAUUGCAUAACCAUUUAAUGCUCUGGGUGCUCUUUUCAUGUCUGGUUAUACUUCUCACAGUUGUAGCUGAUCCCUGGAAAAAGAGAAAGACCGGUGACUUUUUUUUUUUUUUUAAGUCUUACCUCUCUGUCUUCUGUUGACACCGUCAAGACAUAAACGUGAGGCCUGUGUUCAGGAAUGUACAUUGCAUGCUGAAACUGCAGAUAGCCUUGUCUGUGAAAUGUAAACUUGCACCUUACUGUAGCAGAAAUGUUUUUGUUUCGUGGUAGAGCGGGGGUCUACAUCGGGUCUACACCCGUCGGGGGGAGGGGGGGGGUUGAGUUGGGGGGUUGGAAUGUGGUUCUCUGUAAACCCCAUAUCUUCAGAGCUUCAGCAGGAGUGUUAUGGUGUGUGGUCCACUGCGUAUCUGGGAGAUAGAGGGCGGGACAGAUCGGACCGGCUCACUUCAUUUGCUCACAGCCCUGGUCUUGGGUCCACCCCUUACUAUGCACCUUUUGUUCCAGCUGACUUGCCCUUAAUUAAUUACACCUGGGGGAGCAGUUGACUGCUGACACUGUGGCUCAGCCCGUAAUGCCGUCACCGCUGGUGUGUGUCACAGUGUUUCCCCUACGGCCGUUAACAUUAGCUUACUACAGCCCUAAUUUGAUGGGAAGAUCGAAUGGAUGAUUUAUGACUGUUGACUGUAAACAAACUGUAUUGGGGGGGAGGGUUGUCCAGUACUUCUUCAUUCCUAAGGAUGAAAUCCUGGAAUCACCAACAAGUUUGUUCAGUAACAUUAACUGGGAGUAACUCUACCAAACUCAUUUGUUUUACACAUAUAACAGAUUUUCUCUGUACUGGAAAUCUGCAUCGACUAAUGCUUACGUCAUUUUCAUGCAUAGUCGAAAAAAAGACUGUUUAUUUUUCCUGGUGUGUACAACACAGAUGGCAUUUGGCGGUUUGACACAAUUUAUAUGAAACACGGUGCCAUCAUGUCAUCAGAUUUAUCUACCUUUUCCUAGGACUAUUGGGAAAACCAAGAGAAAGAACAGGAAGUAAUGUCAAUAUUUAUCUUUUAAAAGGCUGAGCACAGUUAUUGACAUGAGAAUGUGUGGGAUACCUGCAGUGUGCAGAAUUUUCUUUGUAAUAAAACAAUGUGCCAGUUCUCAUUUCAGUAAAUUUACUUUGGAUUUGCAGGGCAGCCUUAGGCCGUGAAUGAAAUGAACAUAAUUGGAUUUUUGGGUGGUUGCCCUGAUUUAUUAUCACAAAUGGUCUUGUAAUCCCUUUUAAAGGGAUUGUAGUUUGCAAAUGUUUAAUAGAUGUGAUUUUUAGUGCCAUACUAUAAAUCCAGUCAAGUCCAAUUAAUUAAAAUCUGGACCAGUAACCUACAAACACAGACAUGGGGUUGGCCCAGGACCAGGGCCGGCAGCCUCUGCUGUCGCCUCAGGCAGGACUCGUCACAGAAAGAGCGGGCUGAGGCCAACCAAGCUGGUACCUUCACAGACUGACCUAUACCAGGGCCUCACAGUGAGACGAGCGGUUUUGGUAUCGCACCACAGCAAUCUCAAGAAUUUUCCAGCUUCAAGCAGCCCCUUCGUAGGGUGUCACGUAAAACCACAGUGUCCUCAGAAACGGCCUUUAUCAAACGCCGCGUAUUUGCGAAAGCUUUCUGCAGAUUGUCUUCGAAGAUCGAGAAACCCACCAAUAACACACGCAGACAGUCUGUCUGAAUACAUUUUAAUUACAUUCGCCUGGGUAAUUAUUACACGCGCAGCUUGUACCUGCCCAGUUUUUCCAGUUUCCCAGUAGGGUGUGUUUCAGUACAGUUUCUGGAUGGGGGGAAGAAAAGUCUUUUUUCUUAUUUUUUAUUCUGUUGUUGACAAGAAAGAGUGUACAGUUAUAAAAUCAUAAUGAGAAGUCAUAAAGGCUUUUUUCUGUAUAUGGACGGCUGUACAUUAACCCUGAGUGAAAACUGAUUCUAUGGAAAAGAUAUAUAAUAAAUUAAUUUUAAAGUUUUACA